AGGAAUUAAUUCGUCUAACUGCAAAUAAGUUUUCCUAUUUUCGUCUACCCUUGUACCCUUCUGCAGCCCUAGCCUUCCCUGAUUGAAUUCGUUGUGAAUAAAUCUUGGGACUUAAUGGCUACUGUCGCUGAGACUACCCUUUCAUGUGCAAACUGUGGCAAGCCUGCUCAUCUUCAGUGUCCAAAAUGCGUGGAAUUGAAGCUGCCACGCGAAGGUGCUGCUUUCUGUACGCAGGAUUGUUUCAAAUCUUCAUGGAGUUCACACAAAUCAGUGCACUUGAAGGCAAAGCUAACUUCUCGUGGGACUGGCAAUCCACAGCAGCAAAAUUCAGAUUCACAUGGUGAAGAGUGGUUAUAUUGCUUGAGGAAAGGGCAAGCUCGAAUUCCAAAGAUGCCUCACUUUGAUUGGACGGGGAUGCUGAGGCCAUAUCCCAUAUCUCCUAAACGAACUGUACCAGCUCAUAUUGAUAAACCUGAUUGGGCUGAUGAUGGAAUACCCAAAGUUGAGCCUAAAAGUGAUCUGCAGCAUGUUGUUGAGAUCAAAACUCCAAAUCAAAUUCAGAGGAUGAGAGAAGCAUGCCGAAUUGCAAGGGAAGUUUUAGAUGCAGCUGCUCGGGCAAUUCAGCCAGGUGUAACCACUGAUGAAGUUGAUAGAGUUGUCCAUGAGGCGACUGUAGCUGCAGGAGGAUAUCCAUCUCCUCUGAAUUACCAUUUCUUCCCAAAGUCUUGCUGCACGUCAGUGAAUGAAGUGAUCUGCCAUGGAAUUCCUGAUGCAAGGAAGCUUGAGGAUGGUGAUAUUGUAAAUGUUGAUGUCACUGUGUACCAUAAUGGUGUUCAUGCUGAUCUCAAUGAAACGUACUUUGUGGGAAAUGUUGAUGAAGAAUCUCGCCGGCUGGUCCAGUGCACAUACGAGUGCCUGGAUAAAGCAAUAUCAAUUGUGAAACCCGGGGUGAGAUUUCGUGAGAUUGGUGAAGUUAUUAAUCGUCAUGCUUCAAUGUCCGGUUUCUCUGUGGUAAAAUCAUAUUGUGGUCAUGGGAUUGGAGAGCUCUUCCACUGUGCACCAAAUAUUCCCCAUUAUGGAAAAAAUAAAGCAGUUGGUGUGAUGAAGGCUGGGCAGACCUUCACAAUUGAACCAAUGAUUAAUGCAGGUGUUUGGCGGGAUAGAAUGUGGCCUGAUGGAUGGACUGCUGUUACUGCGGAUGGCAAACGCAGUGCUCAAUUUGAACAUACACUUCUGGUGACGGAGACAGGUGUUGAGGUUCUAACGGCUAGACUGCCAACUUCACCCAAUGUUUUUGAUUGGCUAAAAUCGUAAAGGGGCGUGCUAUUUCAAGUUCCAACACUGCCCUUUUCGUUUGGGUUUUAAGGUCACAUAAGCUACAAGCAUUGCAUUGCAGGCUCUACAGUUACAAGGUUUCAACGUUGAUGGUUUACAUAGUUGUCUGUUUGUUGUCUUAAUUUUUUUUUUAAAAUGAAAAUUAGAUGAUGAAUAAUCUAUUUUUUUCAUUAAAGUGAAUUAUGCCAUAUUCUCGUUAUAAAUAUCUAGCGGCUUAUGUCGUUAUCGUCAUUGCUGCCGCUGCUUUUGUGUAGUAUCCAUCUUAAAUCUAGAAGUUUAACUAACAUACCAAGAAAUAGGAGGAAAAUGAUUUUUGCCAA